AUGGCCAAAGUCGUCACCAGAAAAAACAUCCGGACCAUGCCGGCUAACGAGCGCGAUGACCUUGUCAGAGCGUUCGCAGGUAUCCAGAAGCUUGACCCUACUAACCCCAACUCCUUUUUUAUGAUUGCUGGCUAUCAUGGCGAACCUUUCCGUGGUGCUGGUUGGGGUAAUCCUCAAUGGUGGGGAGGAUACUGUAACCAUGGCAAUGUUCUCUUUCCUACCUGGCACCGUGCUUACCUCCACCGGCUUGAGAAGGCUCUCCAGUCCAUUGUUCCCGGUGUCGCUAUGGCAUAUUGGGAUGAGACGGAGGAAGAGUCUCUCAAGUACGGAAUCCCGGAAUACUUCCUGACACCCACGUACACUUGCCAGAACAAGGAAGUCAUUGAUCCCAAUCCGCUUUACUCUUACAAGUUCCAAGCAAACAUCACAGAUCAUCUGUCCCCCAUCCCUGAUGCUAAUUACUCCAAGGCCGCUGGUUAUCAGACAGUGCGCUACCCAUUCUCAGGUCUCGUUGGCACCGAGAAGGACCGGGCGAAGACUAAGGUCCAUAACGACACGCUCAAUGACUUGGGCAUAGCCAAGACGAACCAGAUGCUCAAUGGGAACAUUGUCACCUGGCUCAACGAGGUUACAUUUGACAAUGACGAGGGUACGACCAUCAAGGCCAAUGUCAGGUACAAGUACGGAGCUUGCUUGAAUGCACCCAACUAUACUGUCUUCUCCAACACCACUUCUGCCCAGCAGUGGAAUGACGAUAGAGCCGGUACAGAUGGCUAUGUUCCCAUUGUUCCUCUUGAAUCCCCGCACAACUCGAUCCAUCUGGCCGUUGGAGGUUUCCAGCUUGAGAAGAUCGAUGCGGACUUUAACCAGUACACCGGAGCCAAUGGCGAUAUGGGUGAGAAUGAUACUGCCGCCUUUGAUCCCAUCUUCUUCUUCCACCACUGCUUCGUCGAUCUUGUCUUCUAUGAGUGGCAGAGGAAGAACAACGCCCUUCAGUCAAUUGACAUCAUUCAGGGUUACCCAGGUACCAACUCUGUUGACAGCCAAGGCCCAACCCCCGGUGUCGCCGGCGGAACUUGGUUGACCCUCGACAGUGCUCUCGAUCCGUUCAAGAAGCCUGGUAGUGAGACUGACCCCAUGACGUCCCGAGAUGUUGUCAAUCCCGAGAGCCUGGGCUACAACUACCAGUACAACUACAACACACCCAACGAUUUCAACGCCGGCGAUCCCGCCCUCUUCGUUCCCAAGCACGAAGAAACCCCCAUCCUUGCUGUCAGUAACAUUAACCGCGCGGCAAUCGGCGGCUCGUUCAUGAUUACUGCAUUUGUUAAGAAUAAGAACACGGGAGCGAUGCAGCUUGCUGGUACUGAAGCAGUGCUGAGCCGUUGGCAUGUCGCUGGUUGCGCGAACUGCCAGAACCAUUUGGAAGUCAGGACUCAUAUCCCGCUUCAUGGAUGGAGCAAGGAAAAGGCCGAUAAAGCAACAGCAGAUUCCAAGCUUUAG